AUGACCGUUUCACACAAUUUGCAAUCUUCAGCGACCGAUAUCGGCGAUGUUCCGGUGGAAGUUGUUCUUCCUACACAUACCAAUCCAUCCUAUGAACAGCGUAUAAUCGGCAAAGCAUCGUUGAUAAAUGGAAUCGAGGAAUUUCGGGGGAUUCCCUACGGAAUUGUUCCAGCAAGAUGGCAACAUUCUUCGCUUCGGGACCGAGUACCUGACGAUAUCCUCUACGCUACUAAGAACGGUCCACGUUGUCCACAGGAACAAGAGCCGAACAACAGCGAAUAUUUCCAGUCGCAUCUGGACUUCCCGGAUGAUGUCGCAGAGUCGGAAUUUGACUGCUUGAAUCUGUUUAUUACCAGACCGAGUGCGUCUGCACUUGAUGCGGUCGGUAUCGAUCCCAAACUGGCAAAGCUGCCAGUCUAUGCCUAUCUUCAUGGAGGGGCUUACAGCUUUGGAGCAGGGACUGAUCCCAUGUGGGAUCCUGCAAGAUUGGUCAAGCGAUCUGUCGAGGUGGGAACACCAAUUCUGGCUGCGACAAUCAACUAUCGACUGGGUAUAUUUGGCUUCGGAGCUGCAUCAGAACUCAUCCAAGUGCAACCUGACGGCCAACUUAAGGGAUGCAAUUUCGGCCUAGCUGACCAACGCGUCGCACUUCGAUGGGUAAAGCGUAAUAUUGCCGCUUUUGGUGGAAACAGUAAUCAAAUCACUGUUGGUGGUCAAUCUGCGGGUGGAAGCUCUUCACAUGCUCUUAUACUCGAGUCGGUCUUUGGGAAACGAGAGCCUCUCGCUCAACGCGCGAUUGCCCAAUCUGGUGCUCUUGGGGUUGUCGGGCCUGUGUCAAUGAAAGUCGCAAAUGAGCGAUGGGCUAUAUUUUGUGAUAAAAUUGGAGCGCCUGACUCAGAUUCGAGCGCUCGUCUCAAGUUCAUGACUGACGUACCCGCCGAAGACCUUGUCAAGACGUUUCAUGAACUGAACUGGUUGAUUAGUCCGCUCGUUGUGGAUGGUCUCACUAUUUUGGAAAAGUCGAAUGGUCGCUGGGAUAUACGCCUGGAUGGAAACGAAGAACCUGUAACAGAUGCUCCAAUAAAUGAUUCUGAGGUCAUCUCUGUUCUUAUUGGAGACACAGAUCUUGAGGGUCGAAUGCAUUUUGAUUCUGUGUCUCGCAUUACAACAUUCAAUCAAAUCGAAGAGAAACUAGCAAAUAAAAGCCCUGUGGAGUUUCUGGAUGAGUUUUAUCAGGUCUACGGUCUACACCAAAACAUGUCAACGGCCGAUAUACAGAAACAAUUGUUCCACUUCUUGUCCGACUUCCAAUUUGGCUAUCCUGUUCAACUUGCCCGGGAGGAACUGAUGCAAUUCGGUCACUCGAAGAAAAGACAAGCGUCAGACCCCACGGCACGUCCCACGCUAGUACAAUCAUAUCGAGUGAAUUUUGGCAAUCCAUUCCCUGGGUUAAACUUCCAACAACCUCACCACUGCGUCGACCUGAUAUACAUAUACGACUGUUUUGAAGAAGCAUUAAAUGCCGUGGAUGAAUCAUUGCCCGCAGAAGUUGUGAAGAACAGAGUCUUGGUUCGCCGUAUGCAAGACGACUGGAUUAGAUUCAUCGCUGCUCCACUGGAUACGACACAGAAUGAGUCGGCAACAAACUACAAUGCGGACAGAACGACAUCGAUAGUGAACAUAAAAUUGGAUCCUGAGUGGUGUGCAAGGCAAAAGAGAUUCGAUCUUCUGAGCAGAUAUCGACAUGUUGCAAGUCAAGUGAUGGGAGAACUGAUUAGGGUUGAGCAUUAG